GCCCCUUUGACUCGUUAAAGUAAACCUUUCUAAAGGCUUUAAAGAGGCACUUUGUCCGUUACAUGGCGUUUCCGGAGAACAACAACAUUAACUAUGACGAAACCGUGGAGCUGAACAAGGAUUUACAGAGAAUUGUUGAAGAUGUCGAAAACUUAUCAGUACAGCUGACCUGGAUGGUUUAUGACCUGGUGGCCCUGCGGACCAAUCCUCUGCUGGGGGCCUCCAUGCGCAAGCUAGAGGAGGCUUAUCAGAGAUGCAGAGCUGCUGUUUAUGAUGGACAAUAGCACAGCAGAAGCUCCUGCCACUGACUGCACUAAUUUGGAAAACCUCCUUAAAGAGCUGAACUGUUUGUCUAACUGCAUGGAUCUGCUAGCCUUGCAAACCGAGCUGAUGCAAUGUGAUCUGAUUGUUUGUGUUGGCUGCCCUGACAAGCUGGCGGUUUUGAAAAAUCCGAGAGGCACCAAAGCAGCAGCUGCCAGCUUGACCUGAAAGUGAGGCGUGAAGAACAGAGGAAAAACAAUGGCGUGUAAGAGGCAGCACCUGAUCUUGUUUCCCCCUCCUGAAAGUAAUUUCAUCUUGAUGUCUUGGUACCAUUCCUCCAUACCAGCCAUGAAACAAAGGACAGUAAAGACUCAGUAAGAAAACCCUCAUACUUGUGGUAUACAUGUUACUACACCGCCAUCUGCUGUUUCGUUUAUGAACAGGUCUAAGGUUGUAAUUGCGCAGAAAAGUCGAAUCCACUAACCCAACAAUGUGUACUCUAAAAUUAACACAGUAAACAUAAAGAUGUGGCUUAAUUUUGAUUCCACUUUUAAUCCCCCCCUUAUCUGGUAUCGACAUGGUAACCUUAGCAGGGUUUGUCGGUAGAGGAGGAGGAAGGACCUUUCUUAGAGGAGAAGAGAUUAAAUAAAUUUAUAAUUUAAAAAAUAUAAUGUAACGCAUUAGCCAAAUUACAGUGUUUGCUACUUACUUGCUACAUUGUCCUCAGGUACUUGUUGGGUACAUGUUAUGCUUCGGGGUCCUUGGUUGAGGGAGCUUGCUGGUGAAUGAGUCAGGACCUUUCACAGCACUGCUCUCUGCUGGACGUCAUAUGAAAUGUGUUUUAAAAAUGUAGUAGUAGAUAUUAAUGUAACAUUUCUCAGUAAAAAUGCAUCUCAGACAUGACUUAGACAGUGCAUACUGUAUCUUGGUAAACCCUCCAGGAAUGGACCAGGUUUUCCUGGUCCUUUCCUUGUCAAUUUGCUGCUUGGGUUGGCUCACUGGAGUAUCAAUAUGUACUGUAUGCAGGAUGCCUAUAAAACAGAUGUCUUGUACUGUAUGUACCUUCACUGUUCCUGUGACUUUUCUUAGCACUCUGUGACCCAGUUAAAGGACAGAUGUAACCAUUCUGGUUUGCACCUUUAUAGUCAUUAUUGCUUUCAUUGUCCUCACAAAAGUUUGUAAACAUAAGUCUUACUAAUUACAGAACACAGAAGUUGCAUUGUGUUUUAAUUACACUAAUACAGGUUUUCUAUGUUAAAAUGUGUAGAUUUGUACUUUUGAACCCCAUCAAAAUUCAAGUUUUUUGCUUUUUACAAAUAGUGGUUUGAAAAAAUGUGCCAUAAUAUGCCAUAGUAUGAGACCAAAUAAAGAAUUGCCAUACCA